UCGGGAGACUAGGGUUUGCUCGUGGCGACAAUAAAAGCCCGGCGCCUCGUGUUGCAACGGUAUUACGCAGCUCGUGUUGGCCACCGAAGCAAUUCAAGAUGCCCAAGCAAAUCCACGAGAUUAAGGAUUUCCUUCUCACUGCGAGAAGGAAAGAUGCGAGGUCGGUGAAGAUAAAGAGGAGCAAGGACGUGGUAAAGUUCAAAGUUCGCUGCGCCAAGUACCUCUACACAUUGUGUGUGUUCGACUAUGAGAAGGCAGACAAGUUGAAGCAAUCUCUUCCCCCAGGCUUGAGUGUCCAAGAAGUCUGAAGAUCUUAUUUUGAGCAGUGGCUGAUCGGUGACAAUUUUCAGUUAAAUAUUUCUGUCACUUACAAAGGAACUAUGUGGUUUUGGAUUUAAUGGAUCACAUGUGUUUUCAAAGAAAACCUACUUAUUAUGCUGGGAAAUCAUCUAUAACCUCCUUGUGAUUGGUAAUUGUGCUGUCUUUUCCUUGUAUCAUUUCCCUGUUUGUCAGUCCAAUGCCUUUUUUUCUCUUUUUCUUUUUUUUGGAGGUAAAAAAAAUUACUAUGUGAGAUUUAUGGUUAAUCUCU